GCGAGAGCGCGCACGCGCACCGGGGCCUCCGCCAUGGCGACCGUGCUGUCCAGGGCGCUCAAGCUCCCGGGGAAGAAGAGCUCGGACCUGGGGGAGUAUGACCCCCUCACACAGGCCGACAGCGACGAGAGUGAAGAUGAUCUCGUGCUUAACCUGCAGCAGAAGAACGGAGGGGUCAAGAACGGGAAGAGUCCGCUGGGAGAAGCACCAGAGCCCGACUCGGAUGCUGAGGUCACAGGGGCUGGGAAGCCCCAUCUCUCGGAGGUCACCACGGAGGGGUACCCCUUGGAGCCCCUGGGGGGCCUGGAGCAGAAGGCGGCCCCCUCCAUCGCGUCCUACGUGCGCACAUCCGUCUUUCUGCUGAUGCUGGUGAUCUCCAUGGCCCUGGUGCUCGUGUGUGCCUUCCUGAUCCCCUGUCCCCCCCGAGACCUGCACAGCACGUGGAGCCGCCACUUGGGCCCCCAGGGAGGUGGGGACCUGUCUCCGCUGGACCUGGCGGACGUGAACGGGGACGGCCUGCGUGACGUGCUCCUCUCCUUCGUGACAUCAGGGAACGGGAGCACCGCUGGUGUCUCAAGGCCACCUGCUGUCCUCGUGUGCCUUUCGGGGAUGAAUGGCAGUACGCUCUGGUCUAGUCCCCUCCCCGAGGAGGCCCGAGAUAUUACCUGUCUGGAUCUAAUGCCAGGGAGAGUGGCCGAAACCGUCUGCCUUGUGACGGGGACACACAAGAUGCUCAGCGCGUUCAACGCGACAUCAGGGAAAGCCAUUUGGACUUUAGACCCACACUACUUAUCCAACGGUACCCUGGCUGCCCCAGGCGUGGUGCUGCCAGACCUGGAUGAAGAUGGCAUUAGAGAUCUCGCAGUUCUGGCCAUUGGGGAAUUGCAGCCAGAUCUGUGCUUUCUGCUGGUGUCUGGCCGGACAGGGAGUCCCGUGGGCCGACCCGUGAAGUACAACAUCGUGGGAGUGGGGAAUCUGAUCGGCCCUCAGGUUUACAUCACCACCAGCGGGGCUGCCUACAUCCUGUUUGGCUUUGGAAAUAUCCAGGCUGUCGCCCUGCGGGACAUUUUUGUUCAGGCCCAAAAUCGAGACAGCUUACCACCUUCCCUGCAGAUAGACGAGCCCGAGUGGGAGAGGCGGAGAUCCAUCAACCUGUCUGAGCUCAUUGACGUUUACAGUGAUGGGGUGGAGCUCCUGCAGGUGGUGAAGGUGCCGGAUUCCAAUAGCAGCAAGCUCCUGAUCACAACCAGACGAGGCCUCGUCCUGCUUCAGGGGCAAAAUCUCACACCUUCCUGGACCUUGAGCCUCCAAGGCCUGCGCAGCCAGCCUACCCCUGGGUAUUUCACGGAUGAUGAGACGUUAGACUUCCUCCUGCAGAUACCGAAUGGAGUUGGGAUGAAAAAGGUGAUGGUGGUGGAUGGGGCCUCUGGCCUGGUCGCUUGGAGUUACAGCAUUCCGUGUCACAUGGAAGAAACCCCAGCCACCUCAGCAGCCGCUGUGGACCAGAAGUCUGUCUUCCUCUUCUGGGCUGAAGGGCUGUCAGCUGCAUCGCCCAAUCCUGAUGUCGUCCCAGGAACCGAACCACCCAGCCUUCACCACCUGUACCUCCUGCAUCCAGCCUUCCCCUCCAUUCUUCUGGAUCUGGCCAAUGCCACUGGCACCGUGACGGCUUCAGAGGUUGGGAUCAACGACCUCUGGAAAGAUGCCUUUUAUGUUACCAGGACAACAGGGCCAAGCUCUGAAGGGCAUCCAGCACCCCUGGUGGUCAGCAAGCUUAGUCUGCGGUGGGCACUGAUGGAGGGCCAAGUGGUCCAGCUAAAGGAGACCACCCCCAAAAUUGGCCGCGGGGAGCUGAGAAGAUUCCUCUCUAGGAUAAAGUUCGUUGACUCUCCCUACCAGAUCUAGGCUGCUGGACUCUUCAGUUUCAGAAGAAGUGAACUGAAUGGUACCGUCUCUCUCCAGCUGGAGAGGACGACUUCUGUCACCCACUCCACCACCUCUGCGUGAAUGUUGCCAAACACUUUGGAAGGCACUUGGAGGUCUUGGAUAACAGCACGAUCCGUUUGGCUGGGGUGCUGCCCUUCCAACCCCCUAAUCAACCCCUCCUAGGUGUUCUGUGUGGAUAGUUUGGAAAUGUGAAUCUUGUGUUAUUUUUUGUGUGUCUAAUUUAUGAACCCUUGCUGGGAAAUUCCAGUGAAGUCCUUCCCUGGAACAUUUUGUUGUGCGUUACGCCCUGAGUGUGUAUCUCUUGGUGUGGUGAUGAAACCUUCUCUAGACAAGUAUGUCCUAAGCUCCAGGGACCCAGGUUCUCAUCCGUCCAAAACACAUCUGGUUGGUUUGGGUCUCUUGAGACUCCCAGAUAGCCUACCUCUGACUUGGAGGGCCCCUCAGCAUUUCUCCCCUCCGUCUCCCCCUACCUGUACCUUGGCUGCAGUAGCGAGAAAGACUGACACAGGGGUGGCGCGGGCCACCCAGAAUCCUCAUCUCUUCCUUGUUUUGUGGCUCCUGUCUCCUCUCUCCUCACAUGUUCCUUUGCUCUGUAUUCAGUGACCAUAACAAUAACCCUGUUCCUAUCAGAAGGGGAGCAGGAGAAGUUUAAACGCCCAACCUCUGACAAGGUCCAUAGGUUAUGACACAGUUCGGGUAGUUCCUCCAGUCAUGACUGUUUCUACCGUGGUCACUUCGGACGUGCUUGGGUGUGCACCGUCCACAGCUUAGAGGAAAACUCAAGUCAGGAAUGCCUGAGGCUGGCGGCCUCAUUCCCUUUAUCUCCACCCUGCUUUCUCAGCACCUUCUCCUAGUGGGCGUCCUCCUUUCUGCCUCUCAUUUUGCUCUCUUUUAUUCGGGGAUAUUUUUGCUUUGCUUGCAUGAGAGCAAAGCUGUUUCUGGACUUUGGCUCCUUGAGUCCAGCAUGCAACCAUUCUGCCCUGUACCCUCCCUUCCUUGUAGAGCCUUUGAAGCAGAGUAUUUUGAGAAUAUGUCUGUGUAAAUACUAUAGCUUUUAUGAAUGGAGAAGUUCUUUGCGAUUAUCCCCAGAGCUUGCUUCUUCCUUCUUCUGUAUGGAUAUGUUACUUUAUCAGGUUCUCCCCUAAACUUCUAGGUCAUUGUUUCUAUUUUGAGAAAAUGUCUAUGUAAAUACUAUAGCUUUUAUAAAUGGAGAAGUUCUUUAGAAUUAUCUCCAGAGCUUAUUUCUUCCUUCUUCUGUAUGAAUAUGUUACUUUAUCAGGUUCUCCCCUAAACUUCUGGGUCAUUGUUUAUAUAGCAGAGAAUUGCUGUUCUUCUCGAAUAAUUUUGAUAGGUCAUCCCUGAGUGCACUCGGGUUCUCUCUUUACUUGAGCCCGUGUCUUUUUAGCUUGUGUUACUAAAGAGAUUCCAGAAAAUAGGGAUGCCAGAUUUAAAGGGGUAUGUCUGAAUUGCCCACUGGUAGGCAUUGUGACGUAACCGAAGGUUGGUAGCCAGAGCUGUAAGCAGGCAUGUUGCCUGGCCUAUAGACUGGCCUUGCCAGGUUUCUGCCCCCUUCCCGCCCCCGCCCCGCCACCUGAAGUCCCUGAAAGCAAAUUUGGUUUCAACACUUUGGAAGGCACGUGUGGGUCCAGCUUAUUGUGAACUUGGGAGAGCAAUUAGGAGAUGCCCAAGAGUAUGGGAUUGAUUCCAGAUUCACUUCUAGGGUUUGAAUCUGCCUGGGUAGAAGGGGGAAGGAUCUAGUUCAGUCUAAUAGAGAAUUCUAAGGACUGAUUCAUAGUCAACCGAAUACCUGAAGCCUGAGUGGCGGCCUGGGCUGGGCCACCUCGUUCUCUACCACGUGGAGGCUUUCAGGGCUGCCAGCCACUUUAGGCAGGAGUCAAAUGCCAAGUUGUUUACAGAGGAUCUGGUUUGGGAGGACUGUUUGGGGCAGGAGACUAUAUUUAUGCUGGGUGAGUCCCAGAAAUACCUAAGCAGCAGCUAGGGAAGACAGCGUCCCUAAAUUCUUUGUGGUGUGUUUGCAGACUAGCUUCACAUAGAUUGUUUGGACUCUGACCGGUUUGAAUCUCUCUUGCUGAACACAGGACGCAAGCUCUAGGGUUCUUCUUCCUCCUGCAGCCAGUACAGGGGGAGUAAAUGGUGGCUGAAGAUCGAGGAAGCUUCACCUGAUCGGUGUGGGUGCUGGUCUCUUGUCAAAUGUGUCCCUAAACUUCCUUCUCCUCGCAGGCAACCCCCCAGCCAGACAUCAAAGAUAGGAAGUGCUCCUCUCUUUCGGGGUUGCCAGCGGAGCCAAUCAAGCACUACUUAGAAAGAGUAUUGACUUCAGUGAAUGCCAGGGUGUUCCUUCUCCCACUCUCUCCUCUUUCCUUCCCGUACAAGCCCUCUACCCUAGACGACAUCCUCCCCACCCCCAGAGGGACUCUGCUGCCCCAUCUAGUGUGGUUCCCCCCCCAUCCUCUCAAAUGUGAAUGGCCGCCCUUAUUGCCUGUGUUAAAGAAGAGCCAGCUGGUACGUUGUCAGGAAGCGCUGUUUAAAAUGUGAAUUGUUACAGAACAAAUAAACACUGUGUA